AUGUCAGCUUCCACGCCAUCUUCUCGGCGAGCGAUGAUCGGAGCAGUAGUGUUUCAGCUCCUGGUGACGGCGGCGGCGGCGGCGACGCAAGCAGCAGGCCGCGUAGCGCUGCUGGGUUGCCCGGAGAGCUGCGGCGACGUACAAGUGCCUUACCCUUUCGGCAUCGGCGAUGGCUGCUCCUACCCUGGCUUCAACCUCACGUGCGGUGGCGAUGCGCACCGGACAGUACCCAAGCUGUUUUUAGCCACAGGAAACGACUCCGUCGAAGUGCUCGGCAUCUCCUUGCUGGACGGCACGGUACGCAUCCGCAGCAAGCUUUUCCAAUCAGUUCUCGUAGGCUCCACCACCAAUGCUUCGUGGUCAUGGCCCGGCCUACCGGCCGACGGCCCGUUCACGGUAUCCACCGCGUAUAACUGGCUGGUCGCCUUCGGAUGCAACAUCGUCGCCCAACUUAUCCCGCACGGCGACGCUGCCGAGGGUAGCACUUGCGCCGCCACAUGCGUGGAUGGGUGGGGUAAUAUCGCCGGCCCGUCGUGCUCCGGCAUCGCUCGCUGCCGGACUUCCAUGGGGCCCGGUGUCCGCUCAUACACGAUCAGGGUCCAGAAUUUAGCAGACCGACCACCGUUUGGGCUGUCGACGCAGACAGCUGCAUUCGUAGCCGAGCAGAGCUGGUUCAGCGCGAACGAGAAUGACAUGCUUAACAACUUGAGCAAUCACCUGCCAUUCACGGUCCGAAGUGUUCCGGUGGUGUUGGAAUGGUGGUUGGAUUUGAUCCGUGAUGAAGCCUUCUUGCCAUUGUCGGUUGGACCCAACACCACUGACUUUAGAUGCCUAAGCUUGAACAGUUCUAGCUAUUAUAAUGAUUUAAAUUAUGACCGAAGGCGGUGUAAUUGUUCUCAAGGAUACGAGGGCAAUCCUUACCUCCGCAACGGAUGCCAAGAUAUAGAUGAAUGCCAGCAGCCAGAUGUUUGUCAUGGAAGAACCUGCAUCAAUAUGCCUGGGACGUUCCGAUGCUCACCAAAGAAAAGUGUCAAAAGCCUCACAGGUUUAAUAACCAUAAUAGCAGUCAGUGCCAGUUUUGGGCUACUGUUUUCACUUCUUGGUAUUGCUAAAAUCACAAGUAAAAUAAAGCAACGUAGAGACAAGAAGUUGAGGCGAAAGUUUUUCAAGAAGAACCAUGGUCUGCUGCUUCAACAGCUAAUCUCUUCAAACAGAGAUAUAGCUGAAAGAAUGAAGAUUUUUAGUUUAGAAGAAUUAGAUCAGGCAACCAACAAAUUCGAUCAAAAUCGUGUUCUUGGCGGCGGUGGCCAUGGUACAGUUUACAAAGGCAUAUUGUCUGAUCAACGUGUUGUGGCUAUCAAGAAGUCUAAAAUCGUGGUUCAAAGGGAGAUCGAUGACUUCAUAAAUGAGGUUGUUAUACUUUCACAAACUAACCACAGAAAUGUGGUAAAGCUCUAUGGAUGUUGCCUUGAGACAGAAGUUCCUUUACUAGUUUAUGAGUUUAUAUCAAAUGGGACUCUUUCAUUUCAUCUUCAUGGUCAAAAUGAGAACCCCUUGACAUGGAAAGAUAGAUUGAGAGUUGCAUUGGAAACCGCAAGGGCCAUUGCAUAUCUUCACUCAGCAGCUUCUAUAUCAGUGUUGCAUAGAGAUAUCAAAUCUGCAAAUAUACUACUCACUGAUACUAUGGCAGCUAAAGUAUCAGACUUUGGAGCUUCACGAUCAAUUGCAAUCGACGAGACAGGAAUACCGACAGUCAUACAGGGGACUUAUGGUUAUCUGGAUCCUGAAUAUUACUACUCAAGUAGGCUAACAGAGAAAAGUGAUGUGUAUAGUUUUGGUGUUAUCCUAGCUGAACUUUUGACAAGGGUAGCACCAGUUUUCUCGUCUCAGGCAUCAGAAAGCAUGAGCCUAGCAUCAUACUUUGUGUCAUCGAUAAGAGACAACCGCUUAUCAGAUAUUUUGGAUCAUCAAAUUGUUGAUGAGGUAGGUGUUGAAGAUGCUAAGGUGGUUGCACAGCUCGCAGAAACAUGUUUAAGAUUAAAAGGUGAAGAAAGACCUACAAUGAGGCAAGUGGAGACAACACUUGAAGAUUUACAAAGAUCAAACGUCCAACUUAAUCAUCAGAUUGCAAGAGUGAGCAAUAGUAUUCUAAAAGAGCAGACAUAUAAGGGAAGCAAGUGCUAUGAAGGAACUAGACAAUAUAGUUUGGAAAAUGAGUUCAUUCAAUCAUCGGAAUAUCCAAGAUAAUUUUGCAUUCAUGAAGGAAAACAUGUCAAGUAAAUGUAUAUCUAUUAAUUUUGGGUGCCUAGUACAAAUAAAGGUCAUUUGGGAG